AUGGGUUCUGCUGCCUCGAAACCUGCCCGCACAGCGGCCGGUGCUGCUGCACGACGCCAAUAUCCCAAACAACCUGCUCCUUCCACGAGAGGACCUCUGAGCUCUCCGGCCACCGCGCCGAGUGACACCAAUGCCGCUCCGACACCAACACCAACCCCUACAUCUGCACCAACACCCACCGCUGCUCAACCGCCACAACCAUCACAAGCUCCUACAUCACAAGGGCCAACAUAUCACUCGAAGGAGCAGCCCUCUAGCGUGAAGUCAAACGCAAUUGACCUCGACGGUCGCGAUCCGGAUUUCGCAGCCUCUCUCCGCUCAAUCGGCCCCGUCAACCCAUCCCCAACCCUAUCGCACUCCAGCACCUUCAACCGCCAGGACACCUCCCCGCAGACCGUCUUCCCCCAGGGCACCAACCCAGCGCUCCUGGUUUUGAAAGCGCGACAACAAAUUGCCAAGGCGGCGGAAGACGAAGCCGAGCAGAUCGGGCUCACGGGCCGUGGUGGUCGCCAGUUUGUGGAUGCCUUCACGAUCCAGUCGGCGCUGAGGAUGCGGGAUCGGCAGGGUCUGCCGCAGGCUGAGAUUGAGAGACUGUUGCGAUUAAGCCCUGGCGUCAUGGAGAAGCUGGGUAAGGAUGGGUUGGUGUCGCCUGUUGCAUGA